AUGGUUGGGGAAGGAAAGCCAAGGGCAGUGAUUGUUGGUGGUAGCAUAGCUGGGAUAUCAACUGCACAUGCUCUUACCUUAUCUGGAUGGAAUGUGAUUGUGCUUGAGAAAACCAAUGCACCUCCUACAAGAAGUUCAACUGGUGCAGGUCUUGGACUUGACCCUCUGUCUCAAAGAAUCAUUCAGUCAUGGCUUCCACAGCCACAACUUUUCCACAAUCUCACUCUACCACUAACUAUAGACCAGAAUCAAGCAACUGAUAAUGAGAAGGUCAGUAGGACAUUGGCAAGAGAUGAGAGCUUCAACUUCAAAGCAGCACAUUGGGCUGAUCUUCAUGGCCUUCUGUACAAUGCACUGCCAUCAACUGUAUUUUUAUGGGGUCACCUUUUUCUCUCUUUCCACGUUUCAGAUGAUAAGGGUUCUGUCAAAGUAAAGGCUAAGGUUCUAGAUACUGGGACGGUUAUAGAGAUAGUAGGGGAUUUGCUUGUUGCAGCAGAUGGUUGUUUCUCUUCCAUCCGCCAGAAAUAUCUUCAUGAUUAUAAACUCAGGUAUUCAGGCUAUUGUGCUUGGAGAGGGGUCUUUGAUUUUUCAGAAACUGAGACUUUAGAAACCGUCAAGGGCAUAAGAAAGGCAUACCCUGAUAUAGGAAAAUGCUUGUACUCCAACUUGGGAUCAUGUACACACAGUGGUUUCUAUGAGCUUCUAAAUAAAAAGCUCAAUUGGAUUUGGUAUGUGAACCAGCCAGAGCCAGAAGUGAAGGGUACUUCAGUGACCAUGAAAGUCAGCAGUGACAUGAUCCAAAGGAUGCUCCAAGAAGCAGAAAAAGUUUGGAGUCCUGAGUUUUUCAAGGUCAUGAAAGAAACAAAGGAACCUUUCCUAAAUGUCAUAUAUGAUGGUGAACCCUUGGGAAAGAUCUUCUGGGACCAUGUGGUAUUGGUUGGAGAUGCAGCUCACCCCACAACUCCUCACUGCCUUAGAAGCACAAACAUGUCAAUAUUAGAUGCAGCAGUGUUGGGAAAAUGCCUUGAGAAGUUUGGAGCAGAAAAAGUAGGAUCAGCUUUAGAAGAAUAUCAGCUCAUCAGGCUACAUGUAACUUCCAAGCAAGUUCUGCAUGCAAGGCGUCUAGGCUGCAUAAAACAAGGUCUAGUUCUACCUGAUAGAGAACCUUUUAACCCCAACUCAGCCAAGAAAGAGGACUGUGAGGAACUUCUACAGAGGAACACUCCUUUUUUCAACUAUGUGCCUUUGCUACUUGCUUCAAUUCUACCUUCCAUAUAUUUCAAUGGUUUAGUGUACUUCUUACCAAUUCUUAGCAGUUCAUCUUACGACAUGUAUCACACAGAUCGGAAGUUUUUGUUCAAGUUAGAAAGUUUCAAUGGUUUAGUGUACUUCUUACCAAUUCUUAGCAGUUCAUCUUACGACAUGUAUCACACAGAUCGGAAGGUAAAAAAGAUCUUAAGGGUUAAGUACCUGGUCACUAAAUGUGCUGGUUUUGCUUAG